AAUCUUGUCUGAGGUGUUGUCUCAGUUUUCACUCUUGGUUUCUUAGUUACAGAGGGGCCCCCUCACCGCUCAGGUGUAACCUUAGAGUAAGUGUCAGGUAGACUUCUGUGAGAUCUGCCUGAUUAACAUCUGUUAGGAGGUCUGACUGAGUAGAUGUGCUUCAAUAAAGUCUGAUUUAACGUCACUUUAACCUUUGAAAAACAACCUCGACCAGGAUGCCACUGGGGAAAAAGAUUCGCUCUACCUCAGCUUCAGGAAGAUUACAAACUCAACAUGUGACCAGCAUCCUCGCUGAACUGGGGAGGAAAGAGGAGAGGACAAGGAACCCCUCAGGUAGUCGGGGCGAAAGAGUCACACAUGGCUUCUCAGCAAAGAGGCGAGCGGAUGUCAGCGAGGAAAGACAUGAGCAGCCUGAAUGGUUGACUCGAGAGCUGCUGAGACAGAACAGGAGACGACACUCUGUCACACUUGGAGAUAAGGCUGAAUUCCUAAGACAACAACACCGCAGUAUUGACCCAACUUGGGGAGUAUGCAGCCUUGAGAUUGAUGAAACAAUAUCACUCGACCACCUCCAGAACCUGAAACAAGCAUUUGAGGAGUUUGAAACCGGUGGCCUGAGAUCCGUUGAUGCGAAGAAUUUUAGACGUAUAGUGACAAAGUGUUUGCCUGAGACAAGCAAUGCACAGAUUCAAGGACUGUUCAAGAAGAUUGAUUAUUCAGGCCGAGGAAGGAUUUCAUGGGGUGAUGUCUGCUCAUACAUGCUGCAGGAGUACAAAGAGAAGCAGGAAACCAUCAGACGCAGCAAGCAGGUGGCUUUCACUCUGCCAGCCACCGUGAGGACGUCGUGUCACGGCAUUCCCAUCGUCAACAUCAGCUCCACCUGUGACGGCACCAUCGUCACAGUGAGAGAGGAUGGAAUGGUUUGCUUCUGGAGCCCUGAACUCAAACUGUUGCGGACCCGACACAUAUUUACUGAUGGCCCUGCUAACAGAAUGUCAAAGUGGGCGAGCGACUCCACCGUGAUGACAGAGUACAACAAGCUGAUGAUUGCUACGGGGGACAGAGAGAUCCAGCUUUAUGAGCUUUCCACUCUGAAUACCUGCUGUCAGAUCACCGCACUUGACACUGUGCCUCUAACGUUAGACUACAGCUACACUGGAGCUGAUAAAUGCUGCAUUGUGUAUGGAGACACUGAGGGAUGUGUGACAAUCAUUUUAUUAUCCUCUGUGGCAGAUACUCUCAGAAUAUGGAAUGAAUUCCCGAAGGUUGAAGAUGUGCCCAAUGUACCUUUAGACAUUGCAGUGCUUUCUCCAAAUGUGACCUUGGUCAGAUGGAAGGUUCAUCAGGACUGGGUAACACAGGCUAAAUAUUUUCAGAGUUUUCAUGCAGUUGUCUCCUCAUCCAACGAAGAUUCUUCAUCUCUCGUCAUAGGCUGCGUGCUGCCCCUAACAGACGCUGAGCAGCAGCUGAUCGAGAUCAAAGAAGCCUGCUAUGAAGGGAAGAUUAAGAAGGUCCAACCGAGCUGGACUCCACAGCAGCGAGCAUCAUGUGACCAGACAGUUUUUAGCAUCUACAAAGGUGUGAAGGCGUUUGACCUUUGUGGCAAGCACAGCCUGCUGGUCACCGGAGGCAUGGACAGACUCAUACGCAUGUGGAACCCUCACUUUUCAGGGAAGCCGACUGGGGUUUUGAAAGGCCACUCUGCCCCCAUCGUCUACCUCACCAUCUUUUCAGAGGAUGGUCAGAUCUUCUCUGUCUCCACAGACAACACUGUGAAGAUCUGGGAUAUUCAGGACCAGUGUUGUCUAUUCACAGCAGAGCAAAAAGCAAGCAGAAUUCAUGGUGACAUAUCUACAUGCUGGUAUUCCUCUGCUCUGAAAUCUCUCUACAUCACUGCAGACUGCAUGGCUGUGCUCUCCCUGAAGAGAAGGCCACGGCUUCACAGACGCCAGACUGUUUCACAUUAUGAGCCUGUUACGUGCUGCGGCUACAGCCAGGAGUUUCGUCAAGUAGUGAGCUGCUCUGAAGGAUCUGUUGUGAAGGUCUGGGAUUUCGACACAGGGCGACAGCUUUUUGAGUUUGGUGGGACAAAUGACCUGUCUGCAAUCACAUGUAUGACCUUUGACCCCAGAGGGAGGAGACUUGUAACAGGUGAAAGAAACGGUUGUUUAAAGAUCUGGAACUUCAAUAAUGGCCAGUGCUUAAAGACACUAAAAAAAGAUGGGGUCUGUAACGAGGUGUGUGACUGCGUCUUUCUGCAGCUCCACAGGAACUACUAUGUGAUGUCUGUCGGUCGGGACCGGAGGAUUGACAUUUACUCAGACACACCCGAGGACCACCAUCAUGUCCAGAAGCCGCAGCCCUCCUGGCAGGAUGAUCUGAAAAAUGGCCACAAAGACGACAUCCUCUGUGUUACCCAUUGCCCUCCAUCUCUUCUCGCCACCAGCAGCUACAAUGGAGAGAUUAUAGUUUGGAACCUGGUUUCUGGACACAUACAAUGUCGGUUUGUCAGCCCUCUUUGUACAAAGCAGCAAAAUGAUGAAGGAUUGGACACAAGUGUUCCAAGCAUCAUUUUCCUUAAAAACCUCAAGUUACACAAUUUUUCCUCUGCUACAGCUCUCCUGUCAUCUGGGACGUUAGGUAACAUAAAUCUCUGGAGUGUUGUCAGUGGACAGAAAUUAGAAGGCACCUUAAAAGCUUCUAAAUUUCAACAAAAGAUUACAAAAAUGGCCAAAACAGAGGGGGAAACGUUGCUUUAUGCUGCAGAUCGGCUCGGUUACAUCUAUGUUUACGACAUGGAGAAGUACGUGACUGAGCUAAGAGCUGAAAACUUCUGGCGUGCUCACACCAGCAGAAUAACUGGACUGCAGAUUGUUGACAGUGAUCAAGUGGUGCUUACCUCAUCCACAGACCACACUGUGCGCCUGUGGAGUGCGCAUGGAGAAUUCAUAGGGACCUUUGGGCAGUCUGAGAGCUGGAGGGUCCACAUCCCCUCUUCCUGGAAGCAUCCUGCUGUCCCCUACGAGGUUCUGGUUGAUCCUCUCAGUACGCCACAUAAUGAUAUUCUGAAUACAAAAACAGGUCUUUCUGAUGCCAUCAAUCCUGACAACACUGACGCUCAUAGAGGGGAACUAAAGUCAGAGACUCACAGUAAGCCGAGACUUCCUCCAACAUCCAUCAGUGACACCACUGAGUGAGGAAGAUUAAAAGCCUGCUGCACCCAGAGGAACACAAGAGUGGGUGGGUUAGAGCCAUUACAACAGCAAAGACUACUGUACAUAUGCAACGCAAGUCUUACACCAGACUGAGCUUAAAAAGUGACGGGUUUAUAUUUAGAGUUAGCAUGCCUUCUUUUGCAUUGCAGGCUGUGUUGUGAAGCUGUCAGCCAUACUAACGAGCUAUCGAACCACAGAGCUGUGAAAGCCUUUGAUACUGCAGAGCCACCAAGCCUGAGAGUAAGACCUGACCUCUCCCCCGCUGCUAUUGAUCCUUUCAUAAGCAGUACUGAGGAACAGGAGUCAACUGAAUAAAGGGAAACUGUAUUGAUCACAAUUUGGAAAGUGGGGCAUUGCAGUAUUAUAAACCAUGCAACAGAGCUGGGAAAAUGUUCAUAGAGGGAUUGAGAAUUUAGGCUAUACGUAAUCAUACUGAACUGGCUUUUCUAUUAACACACUAUCAGAAGUAAAACAGUGGAUGGACUUAAAUGCCAAAAUGUUACAAAUAAAAGACAUAAGAGCUCUCAAGAGGUUUCCACAAGUUCUGAAAACAAGUUCAAGCUGCUCAGAGAUUCACAGCUGUCCAGAACUCUCAAUGCUAUGAUGUGAAGUAACCAUAAGACAACAGCAGCAACGAUUACUUUUCCAUUUAUGACCAUGAAGAAGAGCACAGUGUCAUCAGGUUUCCUUGCUUUGAUAGGACCCACUUUAUUAACCCCAGAGGGGAAAUUCAUUUUAUUCACUUGCAUGCUGAAUCAUUCUACACACACAUAAGCUGAAAUAUACACACACACAC